CGAGCCGCGCGGUUGCCCAGCAACCCUUUCCUUGCGCUCGGGUCCGGCCUUGCCUUGCACCCAGCUCGAAGCUCUGACGCGGGUGUGACGUUAAUAAGGUGGGUAUCAAUUUGUUAUGGUGGCGAGGAGAGGAGGGAGGAGGAGGAGGAGGAGGAGGAGGAGUUCCCCCUGUGAGUGCCGAAGCCCUCAGCUCUGCAUUCCGGCGGAGCUUACAGGCACACACACCGGCCGCAGCCUGGUCCCGGCCUCAAGACUUGUUGUAGAAAGUCAAAGGAAAAAGUUACCCCGCGCGUGUUGCCCGCAGUUUUUCCUUUUUGUCUCGUUGUUUAUCCGGAGCUCUGUUUGUGGAAUGGUUGACGUUUCGUCCGAGAGCUGCCUGAAGUGUGAGAGAAGGUGGUUAUUAUCGUUGUAAGGUUCGUUUAUCACAGUGUUGUAACCCCAGUCUGUUGGUACGCCAUGGUAAUCAUGACAGAAACCAACCGGGGAGCUCAGUCGAGCCCUGCCCAGGGGAGGCCGCUGCAGGUCGGCUUCUAUGAAAUCAUCCGGACCCUGGGGAAAGGGAACUUUGCAGUGGUGAAACUGGCCAGGCACAAAGUCACUAAAACACAGGUGGCAAUCAAGAUUAUCGAUAAAACCAGGUUGAAUCCUUCCAACCUCGAAAAGAUCUACAGAGAGGUGCAGAUAAUGAAGCUGUUGAACCACCCUCAUAUCAUCAAGCUCUACCAGGUCAUGGAGACCAAAGACAUGCUGUAUAUUGUGACAGAGUAUGCAAAGAAUGGAGAGAUGUUUGACCACCUAACCUCAAAUGGCCGCUUGAGUGAAGAUGAAGCACGAAAGAAGUUCUGGCAGAUCCUCGCCGCGGUGGACUACUGCCAUCGGCACCACAUCGUUCACCGUGACCUAAAAACUGAGAACCUGUUGCUGGAUGCCAACAUGAAUAUCAAACUGGCCGACUUUGGAUUUGGAAACUUCUACAAUGCAGGGGAGCCUCUGUCUACAUGGUGUGGCAGCCCGCCUUAUGCUGCCCCUGAAGUGUUUGAAGGGAAGGAGUAUGAGGGGCCUCAGCUGGAUAUUUGGAGUCUCGGUGUCGUGCUUUAUGUCCUCGUCUGCGGCUCUCUUCCGUUCGACGGAGCCAGCCUUCCCGCGCUCCGGCAGAGAGUCACCGAGGGACGAUUCAGAAUCCCUUUCUUUAUGUCACAAGACUGUGAGAAUCUGAUCCGUAAAAUGCUGGUGGUGGAUCCAGCCAAAAGGAUCAGCAUUGCUCAGAUCAAGCAACACCGCUGGAUGAUGGCGGAUCCGUCAGCUGCCCACCAGAUCCUCAGCCAUCCCCUCACGGAGUACAAUUCCAACCUGGGCGACUACAGCGAACCCGUGCUGGGCAUCAUGAACACACUGGGCAUCGACCGUCAGAGGACUAUCGAGUCUCUGCAGAGCAGCAGCUACAACCACUUCUCUGCCAUCUACUACCUGCUGCUGGAGCGAGUGCGGGAGCAUCGUGCACAGCAGCUGAGCCGCCAGUGUGGAACAUGGAGCCAGAGACCAAGGAGCACCUCUGACUCCACAAGCCCAGAGGUGAUCAUGGAGUCCACUGAGAGUUUUAGAACAACAGCGUUUUCACUUCCAACCAAAAACACCCCCCCUGUGUACUCAGAGGUAGAGUGUGACCAAGCUGGAUUGUUUCAGCGUGUAGUGUUUCCAGUGGAGGCCAGUCUGAACAGAUUGCUCUGGAACCGCUCCAUUUCACCCAACAGCCUGCUGGAGACAAGCAUCAGCGAAGAGGUGCGACCCAGAGACCUGGAGGAGGAGGAGGCGACGCAAACUCUUGGGCCCCUGCUCCCUCCAACCACCACCUCUCGCAGACACACUCUGGCUGAGGUCUCCGCCCGUUUCCACCAGUGCAACCCUCCAUGUAUCGUGGUCAGCCCCUCAGACGGUGCCUCCUCUGACAGCUGCCUGAAGUCUUCUUCCAGUCCUGCCCCCACUUUGCAAGCUGCUGUAGGUGGGGUGGCAACACUUCGGGCCUCGGGGGCUGAGGGAGGAGCUCUGCUGUCUGCUGGAGCUCCCCUGGCUCUCUCUUCCCACCUCCUGCCCCAGGCCCAGGGCAGCCUGCCCCCUGCCAGCUUCCAGGAGGGUCGCAGAGCCUCUGACACCUCCCUCACACAAGGCCUCAAAGCUUUCCGCCAGCAGCUGAGGAAAAACACGCGCACUAAAGGACUUCUGGGAUUGAAUAAGAUCAAGGGUCUGACGAGGCAGGCUGCCCCAUCACCCUCCUGUAACCGCGGUAGCCGGGGGUCACUGGGUCCAGCUCUCUCUGAGCACCGCAGCAUGCUGGAGGAGGUGCUGCACCAGCAAAGAAUGCUGCAGAUUAAGCACCAACCACAGCCUCAGGUCCAAGCCCCUCAGACAGGACCUCAACAGAAGCCCCUGCUCUUCUUGGCACACCAACAGUCACCAUCUCCUCCGCCUACUACCGUGUUUGCUUCCUCCUCCAUGUUUGACAACCCUGCUCAACCCGUCCUGCCUGCUCAGCAGGCUUCAGUGGGUCUGCAGCAGGGUCCCUGGCAACAGACCCUCAAGACCUCCGCCACAGGCUGCUCAUCCUCACCCUGCUACUCCUCUUCUCUGUCCCCCGUGGCCUCUGCUGCCUACCUUCUCGAGGCACGUCUACACAUCAGCCAGCAACCCCACCCUAACCACCACACUGGCCUCCGUCAACAGUCUGCAGCACAAGGCAAUUUCCCCAUCCUGUCCAAAUCAGCCAUGUGGAGGAUGGGCUCGGUCUCCAGCACAGACCUCGACAUGCAGGAGCUGGGUAUGUCUGGACAGCAGCAGCAGCAGCAGCUCAGCAGCUGUGUGAUGGUGAAGUAAAUCAUCGGCCAAGCGAGACCGGCGAAUGUUCUCUUGGUGGAAGAGCCAAAAAAGACUUGAUGCUGAGCGCAGAAGAAAAGAGAGCAGAAGUGAAGAACAACAAAAAAAGCAGACGCAAGUGACGAAUUUGUCUUUAUGGGGUACACGUGAGAAUGUGUCUGCACACGUGUUCGCUGUGUGUAUGUGUUUUUUCUAAUCGUAUAAGCUAAAGACUAAGCAAUAAACCAAACUCUGGAUGAAGUGUUCGAUUCGUAACAGCCAGAGAAGCAAUAACAGACUGACAGACUCUCCUCGGCUCCGAUGGACUCACUUGAAUAGCUGACGUUGCUGAGUCACUCUCACAUUUUUAUGCUGUCUAGAUUUACUUUUUGAUCUUUUUUUUAACAGGAAA